CAACCACGCCCAACCCCGAGCACCAUCUCUUCUGAGGGCGGUAGGGCCGAGUUCAUUUGCAGAGCCUCUGGGUGGAAGGAGGGCUGACCGGUGUAUCUUCAUCGCCCCCGGGAAAGGCGCCGGCAAAGUGAACGAGAUGGCCUGGUGGAAAGCCUGGAUUGAACAGGAGGGUGUCUCGGUGAAGGGCAGCCCCCACUUCAACCCAAACCCCGACGCAGAGACCCUCUACAAAGCCAUGAAGGGGAUCGGCACCAACGAGCAGGCCAUCAUCGACGUGCUCACGAAGAGAAGCAACGCGCAGCGGCAGGAGAUCGCCAAGUCCUUCAAGGCUCAGUUUGGCAAGGACCUCACCGAGACCCUGAAGUCGGAGCUCAGCGGCAAGUUCGAGAGGCUCAUCAUAGCCCUCAUGUACCCUCCAUACAGAUACGAAGCCAAGGAGCUGUACGACGCCAUGAAGGGCUUAGGAACCAAAGAGGGCGUCAUCAUCGAAAUCCUGGCCUCUCGGACCAAGAACCAGCUGCGGGAGAUAAUGAAGGCGUAUGAGGAAGACUAUGGGUCCAGCCUGGAGGAAGACAUCCAAGCAGACACCAGUGGCUACCUGGAGAGGAUCCUGGUGUGCCUCCUGCAGGGACCAUCCUUCACCCGCUUGCUCACCUUCACUGGCUUGUUGUGGGUGUCCCAAUGCCAGGAUCUGUACGCAGCCGGGGAGAAGAUUUGCGGGACUGAUGAGAUGAAAUUCAUCACCAUCCUGUGCACACGCAGUGCCACACACCUGAUGAGAGUGUUUGAGGAGUAUGAGAAAAUCGCCAACAAGAGCAUUGAGGACAGCAUCAAGAGUGAGACCCACGGCUCGCUGGAGGAGGCCAUGCUCACAGUGGUUAAAUGCACCCGGAACCUCCACAGUUACUUUGCGGAGCGACUUUACUACGCCAUGAAGGGAGCAGGGACUCGGGAUGGGACCCUGAUAAGAAACAUCGUUUCAAGGAGUGAGAUUGACUUAAAUCUCAUCAAGCGUCAAUUCAACAAGAUGUACGGCAAGACCCUCAGCAGCAUGAUCAUGGAAGACACCAGUGGCGACUACAAGAACGCCCUGCUGAACCUGGUGGGCAACGACCUCUGAAGGCUCAGAAGGACAAGCGCAAAGGCCAAGAAGGCGGAGGCGUUGGAUCCUGCUUGCUGAAACUUGGCCGUGGAUCGGGGUGGGGGUGGGGGGGAGCCAGAGCACGCCCUUCAGUCUUCUAUCUCCCAGCUUCCAGUGUUUUCCAGCCAGUUCCUCUGACCCAGGGGGAAGGGUCAGCCUGGGGCUCCUACCUCCGCCGAACUCCCAAGUCAAUUUCAGGUGUGAACACACGGCCAGUAUCUCAGCACAGAUCUGGCCUGACAAGUGCCUCCGCCUGAAGGGUCUGCAGGUGCUGGGCCUCACUUCUUCCUUCCUGCACAGAAGCUUCCUCAGCCUGGGCCACAGAGUCCCCUCGGCGCAAGCUACAGAGAAACUCAGCCCCACCCUCAUCUACUGAUCUGGAUCUGCAGAGAAGGGACCAGGGAACGUGGAAUUUUGAUAAGUCUCAGGAGGAUGGUAUAGCUCAGUGGUAGAGCGCACGCUUAGCAUGUGCGGGGUCCUGAGUUCAAUCCCCAGUUCCUCCAUUUAAAAAAAUUAAAAAUUAAUAAAUAAAUAAACAAACCUAAUU